AUGGUGGAAAAACGUACGAGCACAACAAGGUUACAUCCUAUGUCGGAUUCGGCAAUCGACAUAAAAGCGCGAAAACGUGUUGCCGAACUUUAUGAAUUAACUGAUGAAAUAAUCAAUGCUUCUAAUGAAAUUAAUGAAACAUAUGUCAAUAAAAUCUAUCAAAAAUAUAAACAGUUAAUAGCAGUUAAUAAAAAACUAAAAAAACAAUUAAGUCAAUAUCAUUGUCCAGGUUGUAAAUGUAUCAUUCCAUCAAAUGGAGAUGUACAACAAGAUAGAAUAGAAGAAGAUUAUCAUGAUGAUGACGACGACAGUGAAACUUGUUUUAUACCUAAUAUUGAAGAUACAGAAAAUUUUGAUGGUAAUGACAGUCGAUUUACUAAAACAACGUGUGAUAAUAAUGAUAAUGAUUGUCAUGAAGAUGACGAUGGUGAUAAUAUGAAUGAUGGAGACAAUGAAGAUAAACUAUUCAUAGCGAUGGAUCAAAAUGAAAAUGAAACAACAAACGAUGAUAAUCAAUCAGAACAUGAAAUUAAAGAAGAAGUUGAUAGAAAUAUUGAUCAAAAUGAAGAGGAAGAUGAUGAAACAACUCAUUUACCAGUAACUUUACAAAAUAUUAUUCGACAAAAAGCUAAAAGAAAUAACAAUGCUAGAUCUUAUUUACUUCAAAUCCCUCAUUAUCCGGCACUGUGUGAAUUUCUUUGUGAUAAAUCUCAUACGUCAUUUAAUCGUCGUCCGAGUGGAACUCAAGUUCGUCCACUUAUUGAAAACCAUUUAAGUGAACAUUUAGCCAAUGAUGCCAAAAUGCGUAUGCGUCUAUGUGAUGAAUUGCGUGAGAUACAUCGAUCAUACCUGAGAACAUUCAUGAAUGAUCCACAUACUACUGGUACUAAAUAUAUCCUUUCAUAA